AUGGCGCAAGUGUAUGGCAGCCGCAAGGCAGUGAAUGACGUAGGCGCGCCGAAGAAAGUGCUACCUGAAGGAAGAUCACACCGUGUGCGCUCUUCUGCAGAUGCCGCCAAGGUGCAACGCGAUUAUGAUGCUAUCCGCGCUGGCGCGCGCCCGUUACCGGCCAAAGAAGAACCAGUGCUCGAGCCACGCAAGCCGCGCCGCUCGCUGCGCGAGCCUACUGUGAUGGAAGAGGACGAAGAAGAGGUGGAGCGGUUGCGGCGUCGCCGACAAAGACGCGAAGAAAGGCGUGAAUUGGAGCAGCAAAUGGUUUACAAGGACGCCGAGCGCUCCCACAGCGCCGAUGCGCGCCGAUCGCGUCCAAGUUCGCGCAACUCUUCUUUGGAUGUGUUUCACGAAGCUACGGAGCAACACCCUCGCGCACGCCAAUCUCGUGCUCCGCGCCGCAGUGCAAUGCCAGUGUCUACGCCCGGCGCUGCAGGGCUUAUGGAGAAUGCAUCCGUGUGCGACCGCGAAAGCACUAUUGCAGACGACGUGACGCUUGCUGCUCAGGAUCCCCCACAGAGCAACCGCCAUCGUAAGCUUGCUUCUGUCCCGCAGGGCCAAGUGAAUUUGAUGAAGGAAGGGCGCCUGUUUAGCAUGAAUGGCAUUGACAACCUCACACUGCUCAUGGAAGACGACGCAUACCAGCCAGUGUGCUAUUCCAUUUACAUGUUUAAAACCGAGCUGGACUACCUCACUGUGCGCGACUUUUUUGAAGUGCUUGCACAGCUGUACCCUAAAUACAGGUACGUGGUCGACUUUAACCCCUACGCUGCCACGGGCCGUGACCGCAAGAAGCGCAAAGAACAUGCGCGUCUCUUCGGCGCCACCGAAGAGGAAAAGCAGGCGCACAGGGAGGAGCACAGCGAAGCUGCGCGCUCUGGCCGCAUCCCAUUCAACUCCGGUCCGCGCAAUUGGUACUCCAAGAGCUUGAAAGCUGGCUCCUGGUUCCGCCCUGCGCAGUGGCGCAUUGACGAUGAUUUCCAUGUGUCGGAAAACAUCAACGUGCUCAACUGCGGCGGCGAUAGCAGUGACGACGUGCUUUUCGACAUUGCUGGCCGUUUCCUCUCGCGCCACUUUAACUUCAACAAGCCUAUCUGGGAGGCACUUCUUGUUCGUGGUCUCAACACCGUGGAAGGCGCCAAAAGCGCGCUGAUGAUCAAAAUUCACCACUGCUUUUCGGAUGGCCAGGGUAUGAUCCAGUCGUACCACGCGGCACUCACCGCGAUGUCGAAAAACGUCGGCAUUAAGGAGGUGCAGCAGUGGGUAGAUGUAGCCAUGCGCAAGAAGGAGGCGGGACAAAACAGAAUCAAGCCUACGAUGGGCGGCACACUGUCCCAUAUCUGCUAUGUUACUCGCGAGCUUUACUUCCGCCGGCGCAAGACAUUUUUGUACCGCGAUCCGAAGCAGCGUCGCGUCACUGGCCGCCUAUACUACCACUCGGAUGGCAUUCCCAUGAAAGAUAUUGCGCUUAUCCGCGACGCAUUUCCCUUGGCAAAUAUGCAUCUUACGGUGAAUGACGUUGCGGUUGCAUUGUUGGCGCGUGCAAUGCAAGUCACUGCAAUCAAGAUGGGGUCGCAAAGCAAAGCGGAUAGUCGCGCCGCGCUUUUUGUGCCCGUCUCGCGCCGCCCAAUUGGCGAUUGGGAGCUGUUUAACUACACCACUGGUGCGAUGGCGUGGGUGCCGUACCCUGACCUAGACAAGACCUCGAUUGAAGAACAGUUGCUGCAUGUGAAUAAGGAAAUGAAGCGCAUGAAGCGCUCCUAUCUACCUUCGAUCUGGUACAACUUGUUCUACACGUAUUGCAAGGCACGCGUCCUUUUUUUGCCCAAUUAUCCUGGAUGGCGCCAGUUGUUUUUCCGCGCGUUUAGCGAGUACCAUGUCGCGACAAACGUCCCGGGACCUACUGAGCCCGUGUCGUUUGGCAAACACGAAGCAUACAGCUACCAUGUGCUUCCGCCGAGUUCUCCAGGGAAGGCUACAAUGGCAAUCGGUAUGAUCAGCUAUGCGUCGCUCUUUUCCCUGGCCGUCUCGUGCGAUAAUGUGCCAGAGUUCAAACAGCUUCCCUUGCUACUCUGUGAAUCGUUCCAGGAGAGUGCUGCGGCCAUGAUUCAAGCGGCAAAGGAGAAGCUUGGGCGUGUGUAA